AAAUAAAAUUAUAUUUGAGAAAAUUGUUUACUACCACUGUUCCCAAUCCCAAUCGCAGGCUAGCGAGGAUGAUGUUGUGAUGCAUCCACUCACUAUUAACGACUAACCUUACAGUGCCAAGCGACGAUCUCUCUCGUCCUUCAAGAGCCUCAUCAACGACAGCACUGUACAUACGAAGCUUCAUCCUUCAACCACCUUUGAAGAUGGCUCCUCCAGCAGCUCCAGCUGCUGCCGCAGCCGGUAGUACGAGCCGCGUGAGCCCAUUCAUCCAGUCUGCGGUUCAGGGAAUCGCUAUUUUUGUCGCCAUCCAAUUUGUCCUAGGCAAGUUAACGGGACAAAAGCCUGCAACGGCUACAGAUGCUGCAGGAAACGUGAUACCGGCCAACACCGGCGUUAUACCUCCGUACACUGCGCGACCAGACAAGCUUGCACCAGGAGCUUCAUACAACCCGAUUCCGCAGCAAAUCGCGCCAAUAUGGGAAGAUAAUGUCGCAGUGGACCUCAUUAUUGUGGUGUCCCCGACAUUUGUGCAUGAGCCACUUUCCAGAGUACCGAAGGAGCGGGUGGUUGCAGAUGAGACCGCGUUUAAAAUUGGCGACUCCAAUGAUAAGAGGGUCAUUGACGCCGAGUUUGAUGUACCAAAGGAGGUUCAAAACAACGGAACCCUCUGGGGUCAUUAUUACAUUGGAAAGACCGGAAGCACGCUCGACCCCUCGGUCGCGGGUUAUGAUCCAGGAAACGCCUACCACUUCAUCCGUCCUCUCACACAAUAUAUUGCCAAGAAGAAGACCAAGAAGACCAAGAACCUCUUGUCUGCGGCGGAUGAAACGGAAGAUAUUGAUGAGGAAGACACUAUCCAAGGCCCAAUUAUCAAAUCUUUCUAUCAUCCAAACUUCACGAUGUCGUUCGUCCCAAACACUGGAGUUAUGUCGUACCCAAACAUGCACCCUGCAGCUCGCCAGUUCACCCACAUCGAGUCAACUGGAGCCCGCGAUGCGACUGGACAGAACAGCUGGUAUUACCCGGUCUUCUUCGUCAACACAUUCUGGCAACUCCGCGCCCACAUGGAAGAGCUAAACUCGACCGUCACUCGUCUCCCAAUCCAUAUUGACCUGAACAACCAGGCAAACUGGCUUUAUAGCAUUAUUGCAAGCAUUGAUGAAAGCCAGAAGGCGACUGCUAGGGCUGCUGCCAUGGGAGGGCCAUUGCCCCCUGGAGGCGGUGAUGGCUCCGAGUUCGAGAUGAUUAAGGAGGUCCUUCUUGAUACCAACAUUUACCUGCUCAGCACGACCGUGAUAGUCAGCAUCUUCCACAUGCUCUUUGAAAUGCUCGCAUUCAAGAGCGAUAUUUCACAUUUCCGCAACAAGAAGGAUAACGUCGGUAUUUCCGUCCGCGCCAUCCUUGGAAACGUGUUUAUGCAAGCUGUCAUCUUCUUGUAUCUCCUCGAUAACAACGAGAACACUAGUUGGAUGAUUCUAGCUAGUCAAGGCAUGGGCAUUCUGCUUGAAUUCUGGAAGGUAACUAAGAUGGUUAACGUACGCAUCCGCCCGAACCCAAAUUCUAUCAUGCCAUACCGCAUCGCUUUCGAAGACAAGCACAAGCUGUCCGAGACGGAAGAGAAGACGAAGGAAUACGAUGCCGUAGCAUUCAAGUAUCUCUAUGCCGUCGCGGUCCCGCUUCUCAUCGCCUACGCUGCCUACUCUCUCAUUUACGAGACGCACAAGUCGUGGUACUCCUUCAUCAUCGCGACUCUCGUCGGCUCCGUCUACGCCUACGGAUUCUUGAUGAUGGUGCCAUCGCUGUACAUCAACUACCGCCUCAAGUCCGUCGCACACAUGCCGGCAAGAGCUAUGACAUACAAGUUCCUCAACACGUUCAUCGACGAUCUUUUCGCGUUCACCAUUAAGAUGCCGAUGCUGCACCGCUUGGCGACGCUGCGUGAUGAUGUUAUCUUCUUCGUGUACUUGUACCAGAGCUAUAAGUACAAGGUUGAUUACAAGCGCGUGAAUGAGUUCGGACAGGGUGGCGAUGACGAGGAGAUCGAGGAGAAGAUUGCCAACAAGCCGUUGACUACUCCGGCUGGUGGGGAUGCGAGUGUCAAGAUGGGGAAUGCGGGGAAUGCCGGCGAGGUGAAGGCAUCGGGGAGCUCGAAGAAGAGUGGAGCAGUGAAGAGGAAGUAGUGAAAUGCUUCUAGUGAGUGGGAUCGAGUGGCAGAGUGUAAAAAUUCCGAGAUGCAGAACGAGUGCAUACAUAAUGUCAGUAUUAUAUUGGAAGGUAUGUUUAAUAUGGUAUAUUAUAAUGCCGUUAUAGCUGCGCAAUGUGAGAAAUGCUAGCUCCGGUAGACAGAAAAUACAUAAAUCAAUACACGCCAAACCUGCAACCCUCUUGAGGCUUUUCCGGCGAAGAUCUUGCCAUGGUGCACCUCACAGGCUAACCUUUUUAACCCCUGAUAUUUUAAGACAAGAAACGAAGAAUACAACAGCCAGACACAACCACUUCAUACCCUCCACGCCAACACCCCAAAGGUCCACGACCCUCUCUCGCCGCCCGAAUAAAAACAUCAACGAGCUCGCCCGUACAUCCAGUCCAAGAGAAGGCCCUUAUAAGUUCUUUGUGGGCUUGGUGACGCCGUCGAUGACCUCGUAUAUCACACCCUUUGCAGCGGACGCGACAUCGAUGCGCUUCUCCUGUUUGGUUUGGGAUGGGGUCUCAAACCCAUCCGGCAGUUUAUAACCCUCGGGUACCUUCCCGUCCUUGAGAGCUCCACCGCCGAGGGCUUCGGCGAGCUGCAGUAGUGCGCCCGCUAAUGGCACCGCGUUUGUGGCAUCUGCGGCGUCUUGGCGCUUGCGUCCUGAACCUGGAGGUUUCAACCCGCCGAGGCCCCCGGUAAGCUUCCCCAGUAGGCCAGCUAGAAGACCUUGGCGCUUGUGAGAUUGAGAUGGGGUUUCAAGACCGUCUGGCUUGUAGCCCUUGCUGUUCUCAAUGGCUCCGGUGAUCUGUCCCAGUACGGCGGCUACUGCCCCUGUGCCAUCAAUGCCGCCGCGCUUGCCGGAUGGUGUCUUUUUGUCAUCAUGGAUCUUAUAGUCCUUUGAGUAGUCCUUCCCGAGAGCAUCGCUGAAAGGGCUAAGUAUCUGGCCUACUGUCUUCGUGACAUCAAUGCCGUCGUUGCGCUUGCCAUUUGGCUUCUUUGCGCCAUCUGGGAAUUUAAAAUCCUUGCUGUAGUCCUUGCUGAAGGCUCCGUUGACCGGGUCCAGUAUUUCCGAUACUGCCUUCGCGAUAUCAAUGCUGUCACGCUUGCCAUUUGGAAAGUUUGUGAUGGGCUUGGCGAGCUUCAGUGCUUCGAGCAGUGCCGUCCCGACAUCGACGGACUCGCGCGAGUUAAGUAGACCUUUGGGGUUUACUUCGUUGCCCUGGCCGAGGGCAAGGUCCACGACACUCAUCAGUGUUCUCGAGACAUCAGGGGCCUGGCGCUUACCGCCUGGGAGUUUUGCGAGACCACCGGUGAGCCCCCCCAGUGUGCUGGUCAAUGUUUCGGUGAUGUCGGCGGGCGCCUCGCGCUUUCCACCGCCUGGGAGUUUUGUGAGACUACCAGUGAGCCCCCCCAGUGUGCUGGUCAAUGUUUCGGUGAUGUCGGCGGGCGCCUCGCGCUUUCCACCGGUUGGGAGUUUAGUGAUGUCACCGCCUGUGAUCUGUUUCAGUGCCUCGGUCAACUUCCCCGCGAUAUCAGGAACCUGGCGCUUGCCACCUGGGAGCUUCGUGAGGCCGCCGCCGAGAGCUCCCGUGAGUUGCCCCAGGGUGUUGGUUACUGUCUUCGUGAUAUCGGCGCGCUUUCCAUUGCCGGUUGGGAGUUUUCCGAGGCCCCCGGUGAGCUGACCAAGUGCGCCUUUUAAUGUAUCCGUAACAUCGGCGGGCUGGCGUUGCUCAAUGUUUGGGGUUGGAGCAGCGGUGAGGAGAGGGAUGAGGAUGAGGACCGUGGCGAGGUGGAAAUGCAUUUUCUAGACGCGUGUUAGAAUGUUAUCUGACGCGACAGGGAGUAGGAUGCUUACGCUGGUGGUCGAGGGGUGUCGGUGGUAGACUCGUGGUUGUGGAUUGUAUCCUGUCGAUUGUCGUAGGGAGGUCGAUGAGAUGAGAAUCCGUAGUCUUAUAUGGUUUAUUUGGAAUCCCCUUUCGCCAAAUGUCUCCCGAACCUGCACCGAAGUUGAGUAACGCAGGCAAUUUCCUCGCGUCAGACAUUUUUACGAGUCGGGUGACUGAGGAUGGAUUGCUGCAGUUGAUGAUAAGGCAUGUGAGACGUUUGUGUGAGACGGCUUCAUUGUUCCGCGCAACUGGGGUGCAUGCGACCCCUUGAAUCCCCAAAGGGGCGGGAUACAUUUUAUUUACUGGUGUAGAAUGUAAUUGGAG